UUGCUUGCUCACUUCUAUUACUACUCUGUCCACCAUGUGAGCCACCUGUCUUCGGCUUCUUUACUUUCCUUCUCCCCGUUCCUGUCUUUCCUUUCCUACUAGGAAUUCAGCCAGACAGACCUCUUCAUCUCAUCUUCCCUACGGGACUACGACGAUGCGCGAGUCUUCGACAUGGCCACCCAAGUAACCUCGACUGCGCUCUCGCGCACAGAAACGAUCAAUCUGAGUGCCUUGUCCCUUGUUUGCGUGGCCGUCCUAGUCAGGACCUUGGAGGGCGAGGGCGAGCCCUUGAUAGCUUCUCUCGCCCUUAGCGGAUUGGCCUUCGCGGCCACCUAUGCCACCAUUAAGUGGCUUGGUCCAACCUUCAUCAAGGCAGGCCUGAAAGGCCGCGAUCUGUCCAAGGUCAACAACAGCAACUACCUGCCCGAGUGCAUGGGCGCCAUCUGCGCUAUCGUCUACCUUCUGAUCAUCAUCGUAUUCAUACCUUUUCCCUUCUAUAAGGAUAUCGUUGUCGCUACUAGUGGUGGUGGAAACCGGGAUGUUGUCAUGAAUGUCGAGUUUGUCGAGAAGGGAAGACUGCUGCACAAGUUCCCGCACAGCAAGCUGGCAUCCUUUCUUUCGGCAAUCAUCUCUCUUCAGAGCAUCACUCUUCUCGGCAUCGGCGAUGACCUCUUCGACAUUCGUUGGCGACACAAGUUCUUCAUUCCUGCUUUUGCCUCGAUCCCGCUACUUAUAAUCUACUUUGUCGACUUUGGUGUCACCUCCAUCGUCCUACCUACAUUCCUCCAGCCCUACGUGGGUCGCGAAUUGAUCGAUCUCGGCAUACUCUACUAUGUGUACAUGGCCGCCUUCUGCAUAUUCAGUCCAAAUAGCAUCAAUAUAUUAGCUGGGAUCAACGGCAUCGAGGUCACCCAGAGCAUCGUCAUUGCGCUCCUACUGGUUUUCAACGAUGCCCUAUACUUAUUCACCCCAUACCCCCAUCCGGCCACGGACUCGCACUUGUUCUCGCUUUUCUUCCUCCUGCCGUUCCUCGGUGUCAGCUUUGCCCUCCUCUACCACAACUGGUAUCCAGCCCGAGUCUUCGUUGGAGAUACCUACUGUUACUUUGCUGGCAUGAUCUUCGUCGUUGUUAGCAUUCUCGGCCACUUCUCCAAGACAUUGAUCCUUCUCCUACUCCCUCAAAUCUUCAAUUUCGUGUAUAGUGUGCCCCAGCUCUUCGGCCUAGUCCCAUGCCCACGUCACCGACUACCGCAUUUCAAUGCUCGAACGGGAUUGCUGGAGCCCAGUGUCACCAAAUGGGAAAAGGGGAAACAGCCGCAUCCCAUAAUUUCUCAUACACUACGUCUGCUAGCGCAAUUUCAGCUCUUGCAACUGAAGCAAGAUGAGGAUGGCCGGAUAGUCGAGACGAGUAACUUCACCAUACUCAAUCUAUGGUUAGUCUGGCGAGGACCAAUGAGAGAAGAUAGACUAGCUAUAGAGAUCACCGUCAUGCAGACCAUGGUGGGAUUGUUUGGUCUAUUUGUGAGGCAUCGACUCGCUCUGCUUAUCUUCCGAGAGGACAACUGGAGCCUCCGAAGCGCCAUUUAGACUUGGUGCUGCAUACUAGAUACCCCUUCUGUAUUCCCAGCUGCAUUAUUAUAGACAUAUGCUGACACAUGAAUGUGAGAAAGAACUAAAUCUGCGGUAUGUGCAACCAAUAAUACAAGCGUAGCUUUUACACCUCUUUAUCGUCCCCCUUGAUGCCCUCUUUCACGCCUCUUCGAUCUCUUCACGUCGUUCUCCAAUUCGGCAUUGCACACUUGCAAAAAACAAAUGACCAAAUUACUUCAAUCAGUGGUACAAAAU